AUGAGCAGCAUCGCACGCGUUGUCCGUGCAGUGGUCGCCCCUAACUCCCUCCUCCGUGCUACCGCUGCGCUUUCGUCAGUCGCACGUCAACGGAUGGCCGCAGCGUCUCUGUCUGUCCGCGGAGUGGGUGUGUCCGCAAGCGGGCUAUCAGGCGGCGUCAGUCAGCGCGGAGCGGCAUCCUUCGCUGAUUCGGAGCUUGCGGGAUCGGCGCUUGCGCCGGCUGCGUGCCGAUUGCCGUUCGCAGCCACAUCGCCAGCAGCGGUUUCCGCGUCCGCCGCCUUCCGCCAGUCGGCGCAGCCCGCCUUGCGCCAGCGCGGGGGGAGGCGCGGGAUGUCGGCGGUAGCGGCGCAGGCUGUGCGCGGCGAAGGCGUGGUGGGCCUCACCGUCCCGGGGAACGCCGUCCUGCCCUCGGUGUCCGUCUCCUUCGAUCCCGCCUCGCCGCCGCUCUCCCUCCCCUCCGACCUCCUCCUCCUCGCUGUCUUCGACUCCGCCCUCUCUCGCGACGACACGUCAGCAGCCAAUUUCACUGGCUUCGCUGCUGACGCGCCAGGCGGUGCUGAGCUGGCUUCUCUCGACGCCACGCUUUCCGGCGCUCUCGCUGAGCUGGCAUCCGACCCGGAUUUCAGAGCGAAGCCCGGGCAGGUUUCGCAAGUCCUCCGCGUUCCCGGGCAGCCGUUCAAAAGAAUCGCGCUGCUGGGGCUGGGCAAGCCGGAUGUGCUUCUAAAGGGGGAGGCCGGCUCGUGGCAGGGGUUAGGCUCCGCUAUAGCAGGCGCCGCUAAAACGAAUCAGGCCAGCAAGGUAUCCCUCGCGUUCCUGGGCAAGCCAGAGGCGGCGGAGGGGCAGGAGAUUAAAGCGGGGAGCGCGGUUCGGGGGAUAGUGACGGGCGCUAUAGUAGGCAGCUUCGAGGAUGUGCGGUUCAAAUCAGAGGAGAAGGAGAAGGCGAAGGCGGAGAGGGGUGUGAAGGAGUUGCAAGUGCUGGGGCUGGGUGACGCGGAGUCACUGCAGAGGGACGUGUUUGAAGGGGAAAGGCUGGCGGCGGGAAUCAUCCUCACCAAGCAGCUCGUCAACGCGCCGCCCAAUGUGCUCACGCCAGCUGUCCUCGCUGACGUGGCGGUGAACCUGACUGCCGCCCACGCGGAUGUGCUGAGCGCGCGCAUUUUGGAAAAGGACGAAUGUGCCGCCCUGGGCAUGGGGUCAUACCUGGCGGUGGCGGAGGCAUCAGCGGCGGACAACCCGCCCAAGUUCAUCCAUGUCACCUACACACCGCCUGCUGCUGGGGACGGUGGCGAAGGGAGCGAGGAGAAGCCGCUGAAGAAGCUGGCUCAUCGGCAAGGGACUCACCUUCGACAGAGGCGGGUACAACCUGAAGGCAGGCCCAGGCUCAACUCAUUGAUUCACCUCAUGAAUGGAGGCUACAACCUCAAGGCGGGGCCGGGGUCAAUGAUUCACCUCAUGAAGUUUGACAUGGGCGGCGCUGCUGCUGUGCUGGGCGCCGCCAAGGCCAUCGCUGCCAUCCAGCCCCAGGGCGUGCAGGUGCAUUUCAUCAUAGCAGCGUGUGAGAACAUGGUCAGUGGGGGCGGCAUGAAGCCGGGAGACAUCAUCACUGCCUCCAACGGCAAAACCAUUGAGGUGAACAACACGGACGCGGAGGGGCGGCUGACACUGGCGGAUGCGCUGCUGUACGCGCAGCAGCAAGGCGUUGAGAAGAUCGUUGAUGUCGCCUCCCUCACUGGUGCCUGCAUCAUCGCCCUCGGGAAUGACAUUGCUGGUCUGUUCACCCCGAGCGACGAGCUGUCAGCAGAGUUGGAAGCUUCCUCUCGGGCAUGUGGCGACAAGGUGUGGCGCAUGCCGAUGGAGGAGGCGUACUGGGAGGGCAUGCGCAGCAAGCAUGCCGACAUGCUCAACACCGGCGGCCGUGAGGGCGGCUCCAUCACGGCAGCGCUCUUCCUCAAGCAGUUUGUGGCGGAGGGGCUGCCAUGGGCGCAUCUGGACAUUGCAGGGCCGGUGUGGAGCGAGAAGAAGGGCGGAGGCACUGGCUUCGGUGCCAGCCUGCUCUACCACUGGGUCGCCUCCCACUCCCCCUAG